UUGACCUGUAGCUCCACUGUUUCAUCCAGUUGCACUGCACGUCUACACCACAGCACAGCGCGCACACCACACGGGCGGGGCGUAGAUAGGGAUGUCGUGGGAGGAGCCCGGCAGCCCGCAGCUGAGCCUCAGCGGCUUCAGCUCCCUCCCCUCCAUCUCCAGCACUGCCCAUCCGCCUGCCCGCCUGCCCUCCCUCUCCCUCAGCAUCGGCAACGGUAGUGCCGACGGAGAGGAUCAGCAGCUGGGCGUCAGCAGCGACGACGGCCACAAGAGCAUUCGGGCGAUGAAGAACAGGGAGUCGGCGCUGCGGUCCAGGGCCAGGAAGAGGGCCUACACGCAGGAGCUCGAGAAGGAGGUCCGCCGGCUCGUCGAGGACAACCUCAAACUCAAGAGACAGUGCAAACUGCUUCUUUCUCCAUCUCUUCAGCUUCAGUCGGAGAUUGCUGCACUCACCGCCCAGCAGGCAAGCAACAAGCAGAGCAGCCCACACAGGAGAACCUCGUCCACUCAGUUCUAGCAACCGCUACAUCAGGGCUGCAUUUUCCUCUAGCAAGCAAUUCAUUAGUAUUAGCAGUGCACUUGUAGUUGGUUCUUGGCCUCAAUCAACUCAGCUGCCCGAUCGAUAUGCCAGCGCGUGGUCCGUUUAUCUCAUGUGCAUUUAUCUGCAUGUAUUGCUGUGUGCACUAGUCAGACUGGAUGCCUGGACCAGAGCACAUGCAACCUGCCUGCGAUUAAUUGUGUUGCAGAGCACCUUUAUUAAUAAUGCUGAAUCGUAAUCCAAUUGUGCUUGUUAGCUUCA